AUGAUGGGGAAUGGAGUCCAAAUUGCCAUAGCAGUCAUCUGUGACUCUUUGGAAGAUCAUGUUUCUGGAGCUGGCACUGGGUGCCCCUUGGGCUACUUUCCAUGUGGCAAUAUCACAAAGUGUUUGCCCCAACAGCUGCACUGUAAUGGUGAGGAUGACUGCGGGAAUCGGGCUGAUGAAGACAACUGUGAGGACAACAAUGGAUGGUCUCUGCAAUUUGAUAAACAUUAUACAAAGGACAAAUACAAUAAACUGAAAUCUCUGUAUGCAUUUCAGACAAAGACACCUGAGUGCUUGGCUGGUGAUGUGCCAGCAGAGUGUACCUGCCAAGGGCUGGAGGUUUUCUGUGAUGCUGCCAAAUUACGUGCUGUGCCAUCAGUCUCUUCAAACAUAACCAUAAUGUCUCUUCAGAGGAAUCUGCUAAGGAAACUUUCUGCUGAUGUUUUCAAGAAAUACCAAGAUCUUAAAAAUCUGUAUCUUCAGAAUAAUAAAAUCAGAGCCAUAUCUGAACGUGCUUUCAAAGGUUUAUACAACUUGACAAAACUAUACCUGAGCAACAACAAGAUAACAAAUUUGGAGCCUUUUGUCUUUGCAGACCUUCACAGACUUGAAUGGCUGAUAAUUGAAAACAACAGGAUAAAUCGGAUCUAUCCAUUAACAUUCUAUGGACUCAAAUCUCUUAUUCUUCUAGAGAUGAUGAAUAAUUCUCUUGCACGUUUGCCUGAUAAACCUCUGUGCCAGUAUAUGCCAAGAUUAAAUUGGCUAGACCUUGAAGGCAACCAUAUCCAUCAUGUGAAAAAUGCCACUUUCAUCUCCUGCAGCACUCUAACUGUCCUGGUGAUGAGACGAAAUAAAAUCAGCUCCCUAAAUGAAAACAGCUUUUCUUCUCUCCAGAUGCUAGAUGAAUUAGAUUUGGCUAGCAACAAGAUUGAAUCACUUCCUCCAUAUAUAUUUAAGGAGCUAAAGGAGCUUUCACAACUGAACCUUUCUUACAACCCCAUCAAGAAAAUACAAAUAGACCAGUUUGAUUUUCUAAUUAAACUCAAAUCCCUCAGCUUGGAGGGCAUUGAAAUUCCAAACAUCCAGAGAAGAAUGUUCAGUCCCCUGAGAAACCUUUCCCACAUAUAUUUUAAGAAAUUCCAGUACUGUGGGUAUGCUCCUCACGUGCGCAGCUGCAAACCCAACACAGAUGGGAUUUCCUCCCUCGAGAAUCUUUUAGCUAGCAUCAUACAGAGAGUGUUUGUCUGGGUUGUAUCAGCCAUUACCUGCUUUGGAAACAUUUUUGUUAUCUGCAUGAGGCCUUACAUCAGAUCGGAGAACAAACUGCAUGCCAUCUCCAUAAUGUCCCUCUGCUGUGCUGACUGUCUGAUGGGAAUAUAUUUAUUUGUGAUUGGAGCUUUUGAUCUUAAAUAUCGUGGAGAAUACAACAAGCACGCUCAGUUGUGGAUGGACAGUAUUCACUGUCAGUUGGUCGGAUCGCUGGCUAUUCUGUCUACAGAGGUGUCAGUCUUACUGUUGACUUAUCUGACUUUGGAAAAAUACAUCUGCAUAGUUUAUCCUUUUAGGUGUUUGAAGCCCAGAAAAUGCAGGACAAUUUCCAUUUUGGUUCUUAUCUGGAUAAUCGGGUUUGCUGUUGCUUUUAUCCCACUGAGCAAUAAGGAAUUUUUCAGGAACUACUAUGGCACCAAUGGCGUCUGUUUUCCUCUUCACUCAGAACAAUCAGAAAGUUCAGGAAGUCAGAUUUAUUCUGUUGUGAUUUUCUUAGGUGUAAACUUGGCAGCUUUUAUCAUCAUUGUGUUUUCCUACGGGAGUAUGUUCUACAGUGUUCACCAGACAGCUAUUAUGGCUACUGAAAUUCGGAAUCAUAUUAAAAAAGAGAUGAUCCUUGCUAAACGUUUUUUCUUCAUUGUAUUUACUGAUGCACUAUGUUGGAUACCUAUUUUUAUUUUGAAACUCCUUUCUUUACUUCGAGUAGAAAUACCAGGUACCAUAACUUCUUGGGUGGUGAUUUUUAUACUGCCAAUAAAUAGUGCUUUGAAUCCUCUUCUCUACACUUUGACUACACGACCUUUCAAAGAAAUGAUUCAUCAGGUUUGGUACAACUACAGACAAAGAAGAUCGAAAAGAGGUAAAGGCAGCCAGAAACCAUAUGGUCCAUCAUUCAUUUGGGUAGAGAUGUGGCCAAUGCAUGAAAUCACACCAAAGGUUACAAAGCCUGUGCUUUGUACAGACUCUUCUGAUGCUUCAGUGACUACACAGUCAACAAGACUAAAUUCAUACACGUAA